AUGGAGAAUCAUCAAAUCGCGGCGAUUGUUGUUUUUCCGGUGAGAUUUUCAGCAAUAAAAUUUUAGAAGAAUAAUUAAAUCAAACUUUAUAGCUUGCCUUCCUUGGUGUUUGUGCCAAUUGGACUGUGGCGAUUCUGAUUACAAAUUUGAAAUCGAUGAAAAAUGCAUUCGGAAGAUUGACUGGAUCGCAAUCAAUUGGAGAUGCAAUGCAUUCAUCGCUUUUCGCUUUUUAUUUUGUGCCAAUGUGUUUUUUGUAAAUUUUAAAACUUUUUUGAGGAAGAGAAUCAGAGAAACUUUUGUUGUUCAAAUGCAACUCAAACAUUCUAUUAAAAUUGUAUUCUUUAAAAAAUUUGGAGAUUUAAAGUUAUCCUUCAAAACUUAUGCCAACAAUCUAUAUUUUUCAGAAACUCAGAAAAAACCAAAAAAUUUCCAGCGAUAACCAAUGGCUCAAAAAUAACUCCAAACAUUGUGGACACAUUCUCUUGAUUGCCUAUGAUAUCUCAACAUAUUCUCAUCUUCUGAUCUCUCUAAACCGAUUUUCCUCAAUAAUGUUCCCAAUGAGUUACGAGAAAAUCUUCAGCAUGAAAAACACAAAUAAUUAUAUAGCAAUCUCUUGGACCCUUGCAAUUCUUCCCUCUUUUUACCUUUACGUUUACAAUGAUUGUAAAUUCUUUUACAUUGAUGAUUUCUGGGUGUUCACAUUUUCAACCACUCCAGUUUGUCAAACUAUCACUUGGUAUGCUGAUUUCAUCAAGUAUAACUCAAUUGUUAUUUUAAUUGUGAUAAUUGAUAUAAUUACUGUUAUCAAAGUUCGACUUUUCAACAAAAAAUUGGAAAACACUUCGACUUGCCGCAAAAGAAGCAAUGAGAUCAAUUUCUUGAAACAAGCUUGCCUUCAAGCGCUCGUUUUUGUCUUCGAACUCAUCACAUAUUUCAUUAUCACUCCAAAAGUUGGAGCAGAAUAUCGUUGGGGAAGAUUUUUCUUGUCAACUGUGGCUUGGGUUUGUGUUCAUAUGUUGGAUGGAAUUAUUACAAUUAUUUUCAAUGGAGAGUUCUCAAAACUUAUUUUCAAUAAAAUGAAUAUCAGUAUGUUUGAGUUUAGUGAUUUUGAAAAUAAUGAAUUGUUUUUCAGAACGAUAUUCGAUUUCGACUCAUGUCAGCACAACAAAUCAUUAA